GACACCUGCAAACUCUUUAUUGUAACAUUCAGCUCGGUUUGCCAUGCUUAAGGCUACUGCAGAGCACACAAAUGCAAUCACAGCCUACAGGAUUUUAGGGUUUUUGGUGCGGCCAAAUGUUACAGCUCGACGCUCAUGGCAUUCAAGGACGAUUCCUUUACACCGCUUGAAGGUUCCUGUGCGAUCCAACGUAUCAAGGGCAGUGGCGAGAACGGAUAUACAUCGCUUUGCAAGUACCACCGCAAACGAGAAAACCAACGGCUCAGAGCAGCAUGACAUGUACCUGUCGGCAGCAAUACAUCAAUCUGACGCCGUGACAGCAAACGCUUUGAUUGAGAUUCUGCUCAAUUCCCUCAAUCAAAACAAUGUAAUGAAAGCUUGGGAAUCAUACACGGAUCUCAGCUCUCGUAAUAUGAUUCAGCACUUGACUAGAGACAACUUUCGUUCGCUCGUCACGUACUUCCAACAUCACAGUAGCGGGAGCGAUUUCCAGCAUGGUAUCGAAUUUAUCCUCACCCUUAUAGAAGACAUGAAGUCAUUGGGCUAUACGGUGGGUCGUCGGGAGAAGCUGUCCAUGAUGCGGGUUUUGGGCCUCAAUGGACGACUUUAUGAGAUGGAGCAAGUAAUGCAGGAUCUCGAAAGCGAAGGGAUGUUGAUUGUGCCGCAUGAUGAUCAAAAGCCAUUCCGCAUCUUACUGUCAUCGUAUGAAUCCAACUCAAAAAUGCUUGGAAAAGCGGCCGUUGUCGACAAGGCUCUUAAUGUAUACGAUUCAAUGAUUGACAAAGGGGUUCUGGCUGAUAGUCAAACCACGCGACUCUUUCUACAAAUUCUUUAUGAUGCUGGGAAACAAGACAAAGUUGUAGACACCGUAUGGAAGUGGUUCUGGAAUCGCAUUGGCAUGGAGGUUGGGAGCGAAAAGACGACAGUUCAUCCUUCUCUUUACAAAGGCAUGGCCAUGCUCUUUGCCGCCUCGGGUAAAGCAGAUCAAGCACUAGAAAUUCAUGACCUUAUGAUCAAACGCGGAAUACCUAGGGAUUUACAGUUGAUGACAGCUGUCAUGCACAAGAUUGGACGAAGUGGCAAUGUGGACAAGGCGAAUGAGUUGUUCCACGUCAUGCACGUCGAGGGCAUGAUACCCACUACUGUUACAUUCAAUGCCUUAAUCGAUGUUCAUGCUCAUCAACGACCAAAACCAGAUAUUGAUGGCGCCAAACGUGCUUUCGACACUAUGGUAGAAUCAGGAAUUGCGCCAGACGUACAAACAUUUGGCACGCUCAUCCACAUGUUUUCAAAGCAAGGCGACCUUUCAUCCAUCCACUCGUUAUACUACACCAUGGUCAACAAGUUCAAUGUUAAACCUAAUCGAUAUAUUUAUACCGACGUCCUUAGGUGCUUUGUCGAGCUGGAGGAUAUGGAAGCUGCCAAAGAUGUAUUCCAGUUGAUGAAGGCUGCGAAGGUGGACGCGGAUGUGGUGACUCAUAAUAUGAUGCUUCAUUUCCAUGCUCGUAACAAGGAUAUUGGCCAGGCGCUUAACGUUCUCAAUACUAUGAUUGCUGCCGGUAUUCAGCCCUCCGUGGUUACCUUUUCGCAUAUUCUUUCCAUUUAUGCCAAGAAAGGUGAUGUUUCCGGUGGCCAACAGCUACUCAGCACCAUGUUAGAAAUGAACAUCCGACCCAACAGACAUACAUUCAACAUUUUGAUGAAUCUCUACAGUCAUGCCGGUGAUAUAGAAAGCGUCGAACGAACUUUUAAAGAUCUUUCCACCCGAUACCCACCUGAUCUUGUCAGUUACAAUACUCUUUUACAAGCCUACAUUCGACAAAACGACCUUGAUCAGGUAUUAGAGACUUACCGACGACUGACCAAUGCUUACCACAAGGCGGAUGUGCAUACAUUCUCUCAUCUUAUGACAGCUUUUGCUUCUCGUAACAACAUUCGCGGUGUCGAAGGCGUUUUUAACAACAUGAAGGAGCAAAAUGUUCAACCUGAUACGGUGUGCUGGUCCAUUCUUAUACAAGCCUACUGUCGAAGUGGGGACAUGGAUGGUGCACGAAAAGCGCUCCAGCAGAUGGUCGAAAAUAACGUAACACCGAAUCAUACCACUUUAGCUAUCCUUGUGGAUGGCUGUAUUCAAAGUGGCGAAAUCGAUACUGCCAAGUUGAUUGUUGACAGAGUCACUGAAGAUGCUGUUCGCGAACGUGACUCCCUUGUCUCCGACGUAGAACGCCACCACAUCCUUGGUGGAUACGUUCGAAAGGUACCUCUGAUUAUGGAAGAUCUACUUGACCGACACUACCAAGAAAAGCAGCAAAACUCUCCAACACCUCAUGUGUUUAUGCCACUGGUUGAUGGGCUCAUUCAACUUGGCAAGAUAGAAGAUGCCAAAAAAGUGUUUGGACAGGCUCUGCAAGUUGGCAUGCGCAUGAACAUGGUUAUGUAUGUCACCCUCAUGAAGAUGUAUCGCGCUGAACGCAAGGUUGAUAUGGUCAAGGCUCUUUGGCAACAUCUUGGAAAAACUGAAUCCAUCGCACUAUCUGAUUUCGGUACGAUCGGUGGUGUAGCCGAUACCAACACUCAAUUCGCUUUAUCGGUGUUGAUUGAUACCCUCUCGGAGGCCAAUGCCUUUGAUGAGAUCAAAAUGGCAUGGAGUGACUUGGAAGCAAGUCAUUAUUUAUUUGAUGCCCAUAAUUAUAACCGCUACGUUUGUGCACUGAUCAAGAUGGGCCAGUUGAGCGAUGCAUGUGCCAAGGCCAACCAGCUUUUACAGGAACCCACUGCGUCUAAUCGACGACCCCGAGAUCAUGCCGAUACCUACUCUGAGCAAUUAUAUAGAGGAACCAAAACGGCGUUGGCCGAAGCUCACGAUCAGGAUGCUGAUCCUUUCAAAGUUUACCCCAUGGUUCUCGAGGCCAUUAAGAACCAUGACCGAUCUACCCCUUCUCGUGUCGUCUAAAUGAUUAUUUAAUACAGAAAUAAAUUUUUUCUUUGUGAGACUCUCCCCACAGCCUCGUCCCAAAAAAUAAUAACAGCAGCCAAAGAAAGGGCAAAAUUGCUUGCUUUGUGAACCCUUCUCUUCUCAUCCUUAUAACUACAUUUAGCCGGCAGCUGUUAAUCUACAUCUUAAUCUCAUAGUGCUGUGCGUUUUCCGGUAUGACGUCCGUACCAACAUCAAUACUGAAGGUAUGGAGUCGGUGUUCGGUCCAAGGAGAAA